AUGGCAUCUUCAACACGCUCAAUGAACAUUAACAACGAAAUGAGUGGUAACCAUAUAAAAACAUACAAUCCAAGGAAUGAAAAUUCCGAGGAUAAAAAGAAGAGAAUAUUAGCUGAAAAAGCUGCUAAAAAACGUAGUGAAGCCAUCGAUAAAGAAUUAAAAGCUGAAAGAGAAAAAGCAUUAUUAUUAAGAUCCAAAAGUGCGAAAUUAUUACUACUAGGUUCCUCUGAAAGUGGCAAAACAACAGUUUUGAAACAAUUAAAAAUCAUUCAUGGACAUGGUUUAGAAGAGGAACGUCAACGAUAUCGUAGGAUAGUUCAUUUGAAUGUACUUACUGCAAUGAAAUCAUUGACAAAUGCACUUCAGUUCUAUAGUCACACCUUGAAACCAGAGAAUGAACCACAUCUUGAAAAAUUUAUUAAAUUGACAUCGAUAAAAGAAACAUUGAAUCGUGAUUCUAUUAGUGUUCAGGCUGCUAUCAAAGAUCAGAAGCUGGAUGAUAGCGCUUUGGAUGUGUUUAACGAAUAUGCUGAAUCCGUUAAAGCAUUAUGGACAGAUCCUGCAAUUAAGCUCUGUUAUAAAUACGCUGGAAAAAUUGGUUUACAAGACUCUGCACAAUACUUCCUUGAUAAUAUCGAUAGAUUUGUCGAUGAAAAUUAUUCACCAUCAGAUUCAGACAUAUUACAAGCAAGAAUUAGAACAAUCGGAGUAACAGAACAUACAUUUGAUGUAAAUGAUAUAAUAUUCAGGAUUUUUGAUGUUGGUGGGCAUCGAUCUCAACGACAAUUCUGGGCACCAUAUUUUGAUGAUGUGGAUGCAAUAAUCUUUAUGGCUGCAAUAUCGGCAUAUGAUCAGACAUUAGAAGAGGAUGAUAAGACUAAUCGUAUGCAAGAUUCGAUUGAUCUAUUUGAGAGAAUAUGUAAUCAUAAAUUAUUUAAAAAGACUGGAAUAAUUUUGUUUCUGAAUAAAAUUGAUAUCUUGACACACAAACUUACAUUAACACCAGUCAAAAAUUAUUUUCCUGAUUACGAGGGUAAUUGA